CCAGCCCAUCAACCAACCCACCAACCCACCACGAUAUUCACGAUGCCCGACCGCCUGCCGCUGGGCGAAAUCAACCCAAAUAUUACACCACCGUCACGCAAGAAGAUGGGCAAGAAGCUUACGCCUAUUGCCAACCGACGAUAUACAGCAACCAAGCCAAUCAAGCGAGUUGAACGGUCGUAUGGGCGCCAAAGGCAGGUAGAGGUCUUGCUAUACCUUGAGCACCACCGUUACCCCAUAUACCCUGGCCAACGGCUGCAACAACGGGCUGGCGAUACUCCUUUGGACCCUGCCAACGGCCUCCGCCGCCCUACCCUUCGUGAGGCAGCUGCCCACUUCAAGAUACCGUUCACAACAGUGGCUACUUGGUAUCUCACUUCCAGAAACAACAAGCCUAUGACAAGGUUGUUACCACUGGAUGGUUCAAGCGGGAGGCCCAGGCCCUUUUCGCUGCCAAAUAUCCCAACACCUUCAUCGCUGGCAAUCCUCCAACCCACUUCUUCCGAUUCUCUCCAGGCUGGUUCAGUGGCUUCCUUACACGAUGGAACAUUUCACACCGCCGGCUUACAAAACAAGCCUCAAAACUGCCUGCCGAGUACCUUGCUAUCGUCACCAGCUUCCUCCACUUCAACCGACGGGUUAGUCAGCCCUCACUUGCCCGCCAGCCCAUUAGUGGGCUCCAAUUUCCACCCGACCGCAUCGUCAACUUCAACAAGACCCCCAUACCCUUUGAAUACCUCGAUGGGUCAACGUGGGCAGCCAGAGGGGCCCAUACUGUGGCUGGCAAGACCGACCGUAGUGGCUGGA